AUGGCCAACUCCUCUCAUGAAGAAAGCGAUGUAGAAAGGGCUGAUCACAACCCCCCAAAUAAUGAUGGGCCCAGAGAGGGUAAUGACAAUGAACAGGAGAAAGGCGUGACCCAGGAGGUACCAAAUGACGAUGAACUUCAGGAGCUGGCUAGAUGUGAUAAGGGGUGGAGGAAGAUAGUGCGAAAAUUUUACGCCAUCAUGGUUCACUGUAAACAUGGGCACUGGCAUAGUCUCAAUUCUCCUAUUUGGCCUCCCAUACAACGGAACAUGGCUUUACUGGAUAUCUGUCUGCAUUUUCGUGCUCAACCUACUCUUGUUCUCAUCCUUUUUGACCAUCUCGAUCCUGCGGUACACCCUCUGGCCAGAAAUUUGGCAUGUGAUGCUCAAGCAUCCUUUUCAGUCGUUAUUCAUUGGGACAUUUCCAAUGGGGUUCGCUACCAUCGUGAUAAUGAUAGCUUUGUUGCCACUAUAUGUGCCAUUUACUUCCCUUUCCUUUUGAUGAUGCCUGAAAAGCCGUCGGAAUUGACCUCGAUGUCGGCGGCAUGGCUGUUGCCCGUUGUUAGUACAAUCGUUGCAGCAGCCGCAGGUGCGGUAGUGGCAGAGACCCUACCGUCUCCACAACUUAGUCUUUGGACAAUAAUAGCUUCGUAUAUUCUCUGGGGACUUGGAUUGUCAUUCUCAAUCAUAAUUCUAGGAGUCUAUUUUGGGAGGCUGGCAUUAUAUAGGUUGCCUCCAAAGUCCAUAAUCCUUAGCACCUGCAUUCCACUUGGGCCAAUGGGCCAGGGAGGCUUUGUGAUCCUGAAACUUGGCGCAGGCGCUCGGAAAUUCUUCCCAAUAAAUAAUACUCUUGAUCCAGCUGCCGGUAAUGUAUUUUACUCGGUAGGGUUUUUGAUUGCCUUGAUUCUUUGGGGGUUUGGGCUCCUAUGGUUGUGCCAUGCAAUCUUGGCUAUUGCUAGUCACAAGAGACUUCCAUUUUCAAUGGGAUGGUGGAGUUCCAUAUUCCCCCUUGGUGUCUUUGCCAAUUGCACGAUACAGAUGUCGAAAGAAAUGCCAUCUCAGUUUUUCAAAGUCCUUAGCACGCGCUCUGCGUUGUGA